AUGGCGGCGGCCGGCGAGGAGGCGGAGGCGAUGGAUUGGGCGCUGCCGCUGGAGGUGGAGGUGCUGGAGUCCAUCUACCUGGAGGAGCUGCGGGUGGUGCGGGGCCGCGGCAGGUGGGACCCUUGGGAGAUCAGCAUCACCCUGCACCCCGCCACGGCCCAGGACCAGGACUCCCAGUAUGUCCGUUUCACCCUGGUGCUCUCCGUACCCCCCCAGUAUCCAAACAAAGCUCCAGAAAUCUCGAUCAGGAACUCACGGGGGCUGUCAGAUGAGCAAAUUCACAAGAUUUCACAGACUCUCAGAAGUAUUGCUGAAGCCAGGCUGGGGACAGAAGUGCUCUAUGAACUGAUUGAGAAGGGGAAGGAGAUCCUUACUGACAACAACAUUCCUCAUGGCCAGUGCGUGAUCUGUCUCUACGGAUUUCAGGAGAGAGAAGCUUUCACAAAGACCCAGUGCUACCACUACUUCCACUCCCACUGCCUAGCCCGCUAUGCCCAGCACAUGGAGGAGGAGAUCUUCAUGCAGCAAGAGGAGAGAGAGCAACACCUGGCACCAUCCACCAAACAGGAGGUCGGUGUGCAGUGCCCUGUGUGCCGGGAGACCCUGGUCUAUGAUCUCUGUGCUCUGAAGGCAGCGCCACCCCCGCAGCACCCACUGGAGCCAUACAGGCCAGAUGCCAAGACACUUCAGCGCCAGGAGGAGCUGCGCUUAAUUUUCAAGAGACAGCAGGAGAAAGGAGGCAUCAUUGACCCUGAAGCAGAGCGGAACCGUUACUUCAUCAGCCUCCAGGCGCCUCCAGCUGCUGUUGAUCCAGGCCAAGCAGCCUCUACCUCUGAGCUGCCGGUGAGUGCAAGUGCUGUGAACGUCCCACAGCCACCCAGCCAAGCCUUGGCUCCAGAGCCAGCUGGGGCACUAGAGGCCAGGGCAGAACCUGAGAGGCCGGCAGUGCCCAGAGAGCAACAAAGCAAGAGGGAGAGGCACCGAGGGGAGAGGCCAGGCCCCAGAGGCCAGGGAAAGCAGACCUGCAGCAGCUUGCAGGAACCAGCAGGUGAAGCCCAUCAUCUGCUGCCCGGCUCCAGGGGGCCCAGGGGCUUCAGCCGCAGACCAGAGCGGAGACCUGGUGGGAGGCACAGCCAGGAGUUUCCAAAGCCUCAUGGCAGAAGCAGGGCUACUGCCUUGGCUGAAAGAAAGGAUUUGGACCCUGAAGACCCCUUGCCAGUAACAGAUAUGGUGGACCUGAAAAGGGAGCAGCAUGAUAUGGAGAAAUGGACCCAAGAGGGGGCUGAGGCCACAGGCAGGGAGAAGGAAAAUCUGACAUUCAACCACAGUGACCACAAAUCAGCUCCCAGCUGGCAGGGCCACCACAGGCCCUGGGAUUGUGGGAGGUGGGAGAAGUCCAGGGUCCAGAAGCGUGGUUCCUACCCCAGAGCACCAAGAGAGCAAGGGGCAUUCAGGCCCAGUGGACAUCAAGAACCUCAUCUUGAGAAGGAGAGUGGCUCCUAGCAGGAGUGGUGAGGGGCUGGG